AUGAUUGUGGAAGGUGUGAAGAAGGCGCUUUUGGCGUUGUCUCUUUUGGCUGCUAGUGCACAAGCCGUGCCACGAGUGCGCCGGCAAAGCAACGCAAGCUCUUUCGAUUACAAGAGUCAGAUAGUCCGCGGUGUCAAUCUAGGUGGCUGGCUGGUGACCGAGCCAUGGAUUACACCUUCACUUUAUGACAAUGCUGGGGGUGGUGCGGUAGAUGAAUGGACGCUGUGUCAGACGCUGGGCCAGGACGAAGCUAAGGCCAAGUUGUCGUCUCACUGGAGCUCGUUCGUCACGCAAAGUGAUUUUGACCGUAUGGCUCAGGCAGGACUGAAUCAUGUCCGCAUUCCUAUUGGAUACUGGGCUGUUGCUCCCAUUGAUGGUGAGCCGUAUGUCAGCGGUCAGAUCGACUAUCUUGACCAGGCGGUCACCUGGGCUAGAGAGGCUGGUCUCAAGGUUGUCGUUGAUCUGCAUGGUGCGCCGGGCUCUCAGAAUGGUUUUGACAAUAGUGGACACCGAGGCCCCAUCCAAUGGCAGCAAGGGAACACGGUCAACCAGACCAUGACCGCAUUUGACGCCCUUGCAAGGCGUUACGCUCAGUCCGAUACCGUCACGGCGAUCGAGGCCAUCAACGAACCGAACAUUCCUGGUGGCGUCAACGAGGGUGACCUUAAGAACUACUAUUACGGCGCUUUGGCCGAUGUCCAGCGUCUCAACCCUUCUACAACUUUGUUCAUGUCGGACGGCUUCCAGCCUGUGGAGUCCUGGAACGGCUUCAUGCAGGGUAGCAAUGUUGUCAUGGAUACGCAUCACUAUCAAGUCUUUGACACCGGUUUGCUUUCCAUGAGCAUCGAUGACCAUGUCAAGACGGCCUGUUCUCUCGCCACACAGCAUACGAUGCAAUCAGAUAAGCCCGUCGUCGUGGGUGAAUGGACCGGUGCUCUGACUGACUGUGCCAAGUACCUCAACGGUGUUGGUAAUGCCGCUCGCUACGAUGGCACAUACAUGUCCACCAACAAGUAUGGUGACUGCACAGGCAAGAGCACGGGUUCUGUAGCUGAUUUCUCAGCUGAAGAGAAAGCGAACACCCGUCGUUACAUUGAGGCCCAGCUGGAGGCUUACGAGAUGAAGAGCGGAUGGCUCUUCUGGACCUGGAAGACCGAGGGUGCCCCAGGAUGGGACAUGCAAGACCUUCUCGCUAACCAACUCUUCCCUACCUCGCCUACUGAUAGACAAUACCCCCACCAGUGUUCUUGA